UGGGACUUUUAUUUUGUGAGUUUUUGUCACGUUGUGUUUACAAUCGGCACUGCUUCCGACUUCACGCUACCCAAACAAACUUCAGCAUGUUUGCACGUCGAAUGUAUCUGCACUGAAGAAACCACUGUGCUGUCAUGUCGAGCGGCUAUAAACCAGAUAUCCUGUGGUCUCCCCAUCACGCAGACCGCUAUGUGAUCUGCGACACUGAACUCAGUCUGUAUCGGAUUGGACCUGCAGGAAGCCCAGAGACUAAAGCCGGCACCCUUCCGCUCUCAGAGGAGACCGCGGCUACGCUGCUGGCCAUCAACUCUGACACCCCGUAUAUGAAAUGUGUGGCUUGGUAUCCCAAACAUGAGCCUGAGUGUUUGCUGGCUGUGGGACAGGCCAACGGCCGAGUCGUCCUGACCAGUCUGGGACAGAGCCACAACUCCAAAUGUAAGGAGCUGGUGGGUAAAGAGUUUGUACCCAAGCAUGCCCGGCAAUGCAACACACUCGCGUGGAACCCGGUGGACAGUAACUGGCUGGCGGCUGGUUUGGACAAACACCGGGCUGAUUUUUCCGUUCUCAUAUGGGACAUAAGCAGUAAGUUUUCUCCUGAGUCGGUUCCAGCUGAGAAGGCCCGUCUGUCUGGAGACGUGGACUCUGGGUUGUUGGUGACCAAACCGCUGUACGAGCUCGGUCAGAACGAUGCAUGUCUUUCUCUUUGUUGGCUCCCUCGUGAUCAUCAAAAGUUACUCCUGGCUGGAAUGCAUCGAAAUCUGGCCAUCUUUGACCUGCGCAACACCAGCCAGAAGACGUUUGUGAACACCAAAGCCAUCCAGGGUGUAACGGUGGAUCCUCAUUUUCCCGAUCGCGUUGCGUCCUUCUUCGAAGGCCAGGUGGCCAUCUGGGAUUUACGGAAAUUUGAAAAGCCGGUCUUUACUUUGACCGAGCAGCCCAAACCUUUAACUAAAGUGGCGUGGUGUCCAACACGCAUGGGCCUGCUGGCCACGCUCACGCGGGACAGCAACAUCAUCCGGCUGUACGACAUGCAGCACACACCCAUGCCGUUCGGCGACGAGGUGGAGCCCACCAUCAUCGAGCGCAGCGUCCAGCCCUGCAGCGAGAGCAUCAUCAGCAGCUUCGCCUGGCAUCCGUCCGCCCAGAACCGCAUGGUGGUGGUGUCGCCCAACCGGGUCAUGAACGACUUCACGGUCUUCGAGCGCAUAUCGCUGGCCUGGAGCUCCACCACCUCACUGAUGUGGGCGUGUGGGCGGCACCUGUAUGAGUGCACGGAGGACGGCGGUCAGGGGGCGGCCGCUGCUGAUAAGGACAUCGCCACUAAGAUGAGGGAGCGAGCGCAGUCCCAUUACGGCCAUGACACCGUCCAGGUGUGGAGGAACCAUGUGCUGGCCGGAGGAGACGACCCGCAGCUGAGGUCGCUCUGGUACACGCUCCAUUUUAUGAAGCAGUACACUGAAAAUUUGGAGCAGAAGCAACAGAGCAAUAAACAGUCGCUCAUCUACUCAGGCAUCAAAAACAUUGUCAAGUCCAGCUCUGGCACUACAGAGACCCGGCGCUGCUGGUCAGGUUCAGACAGACAGACCGAUGUACCGCGGUACCACAGCGAGGAGCGCAGUCUGGCCCUGCAGCUGUGUGGCUGGAUCAGUCGAGGGCCCGACAUUGAUGUGGAGCCCUUCCUGAAGUCUCUGGAGCAGGAGGGCGAGUGGGAGAGAGCCGCUGCUGUCGCUCUCUUUAACCUGGACAUCCGACGAGCCAUUCAGAUCCUUAACAAAGGAGCUUCAGCAGAGAAAGGUGAUCUGAACCUGAACGUGGUGGCCAUGGCUCUGUCGGGCUACACUGAUGAGAAGAACUCCCUGUGGAGAGAGAUGUGCAGCUCUCUCAGACUCCAGCUGAAGAAGGCGCACCUGUGUAUCAUGUUUGCCUUCCUCACCAGUGAACCUGGCGCCUUUGAUGCCGUCCUGUAUGAGAGUCGUGUGGCUGUCAGGGACAGGGUGGCAUUUGCAUGUAUGUUUCUAAAUGACACUCAGUUGCCUCGUUACAUAGACAAGCUGACCUAUGAGAUGAAGGAGGCUGGUAAUCUGGAGGGCAUCCUGCUGACAGGACUGACGAAAGAUGGAGUAGAUCUGAUGGAGAGUUAUGUAGACCGAACCGGAGACGUGCAGACGGCCAGUUUCUGCAUGCUCAAAGGCUCCCCAGGAGAGGUGCUGAAGGACCCUCGGGUGCAGUGCUGGAUCGAGAACUAUCGCAACCUGUUGGAUGCCUGGAGGUUUUGGCAUAAACGGGCUGAAUUCGACAUUCAUAGGAGCAAACUGGAUCCCAGCUCAAAACCACUUCCACAGGUGUUUGUGAGCUGUAAUUUCUGUGGAAAGUCUAUAUCAUACAGCUGCUCGGCGAUACCACAUCAGGGCCGUGGAUUCAGUCAGUACGGGGUCAGCGGUUCACCCACCAAGUCAAAGGUCACCAGUUGCCCUGGCUGUCGUAAACCACUUCCACGCUGUGCUCUCUGCUUAAUGAACAUGGGCACCCCUGUGUCCAGCUGCCCAGGCACAGGAAAAGCAGAUGAGAAAGCCGAUCUCACACGAGACAAAAAACUUGCUCAGUUUAAUAACUGGUUCACCUGGUGCCACAACUGCCGGCACGGUGGCCACGCAGGUCACAUGCUCAGCUGGUUUAGAGAUCACAGUGAGUGUCCCGUGUCGGCCUGCACCUGUAAAUGCAUGCAGCUGGACACCACAGGCAACCUGGUGCCUUCUGAUAGUGCAUAAAGGCCUUUCUGCCUUUGUUUUCCAACUUGCACACCUCACUGGUAUUGAAGUUGACAACAGGUGCUCUAUUGUCACAGGAAGUAAAGCAGUUAGAUUGUAAGGAUUAUGUUAUCCAUGAUUAAGUCACCUACGCAUGGGCAGUUGUGUGUCCUGAGAAGAGAAAGAACCCAUGUGAAUGUCUGACCUAUGCAUUUCAAUAUCAACUUUAGAGACAGGGAGAGAGAUACCACCGUAAUCUCAACCGGAGGAGUUUGAAUGCAUGUCAGGAAUGUUUUGUUUAUAUCUUAGAAAGUGUUUUCACAUGGUCCAUAAAUACUUCAACUACUUUCCUCUGA